UUUUUCCUCGCUGCUCCUUUGGUGUGUGGCCCAAAACGCGAAUGAACAUCGACCGUGGAAGUUGACUGCUGAAGUACAAGGCGCUAGGCUGAAGGUAUCCGAAAUUCAUGUGAGACCAGCGAGCCGCGGCCUCACUAGCCAAGCCAGCCACCCAACUGAAAAAAGGGCAUCAGGAGCAGCAGCAUAGCUCCACAGUUUACACACAUACACACGGAACAGUUGCAUCCGUCGAGACCUGCAUCUUCACCCUACCCGGCGCCGAAGUCACGCUUCGUUUACCUCUGCUGACGACCCAUCAUAAAACUAAUAAACCCAAUAAGUCACAAAAUAAAGGAAACGCAAAUAUAAAGUACGAGUCAAGUCUGAAUUCCGAUUGGAGGCUCAAAUAUUGGCCACUUUGUCUGAAUACAGAAAACUAUACCACACAACAAAAUGCCGCCAAAUUCAAAGUCCGAAACGGACGCCCAACCGGCAGCGGAACCAGCGCCAGCGUCCGAGCCGGCAGCGGAACUAGAGUCGGUGGACCAGAAACUGGAAGAAACACAUCACUCUAAGUUUCGUGAGGUGGACCGGCAGGAACAGGAGGUCCUGGCAGAAAAGGCGGCGGAAGCGGCCAGCCAAAGAAUCGCACAGGUGGAAACAACAACACGGAGUUCAACCACAGAGGCUCAGGACACUACAACCACCUCGUUGCCGGUGAUUAAAAAGAUCGAACAUGCAGGCGAAAUUGUGACCGAAGCGAUCGCUGAACGGACGGGACUACCCACAUGGGGCGUAGUGGCCAUUAUUAUCCUCGUGUUCCUUGUCGUCUUUGGUAUUAUAUUUUUCUGUGUACGGAGAUUUCUGAAGAAGCGAAGAACAAAAGAUGGAAAGGGUAAGAAGGGUGUCGACAUGAAGUCGGUACAGUUGUUAGGAUCGGCGUACAAGGAGAAAGUUCAGCCUGAUAUGGAGGAACUCACCGAGAACGCCGAAGAGGGUGACGAGGAGGACAAGCAGAGCGAACAGAAGCUCGGCCGUCUCAACUUCAAGCUGGAAUACGACUUCAACUCUAACAGUCUAGCUGUGACUGUUAUCCAAGCCGAAGAGCUGCCUGCCCUGGACAUGGGCGGCACCUCGGAUCCCUAUGUCAAGGUCUACUUGCUACCCGACAAAAAAAAGAAAUUUGAGACCAAAGUGCACCGAAAGACGCUCAGUCCGGUCUUUAACGAAACCUUCACCUUCAAGAGUCUACCCUAUGCCGAUGCCAUGAACAAGACACUCGUGUUUGCUAUUUUCGACUUCGACCGCUUCUCAAAGCACGACCAGAUCGGCGAAGUAAAGGUACCCCUGUGCACCAUCGACUUGGCCCAGACGAUCGAGGAGUGGCGUGACCUGGUCAGCGUUGAAGGGGAGGGCGGACAGGAAAAGCUUGGAGACAUCUGCUUCUCACUACGUUACGUGCCGACUGCCGGAAAGCUAACCGUUGUCAUCCUGGAAGCCAAGAACCUAAAGAAAAUGGACGUGGGCGGAUUGUCUGAUCCAUAUGUGAAAAUUGCAAUCAUGCAAAAUGGCAAACGUUUGAAAAAGAAGAAGACAAGUAUCAAAAAAUGCACCCUCAACCCUUACUAUAAUGAGUCGUUCUCAUUUGAAGUACCAUUUGAACAAAUACAAAAAAUAUGUCUUGUUGUAACCGUCGUUGACUACGAUCGUAUCGGCACAUCCGAGCCAAUUGGCCGGUGCAUCCUUGGCUGUAUGGGCACUGGAACCGAGCUCCGCCACUGGUCCGACAUGCUGGCCUCGCCUCGCCGGCCUAUAGCCCAGUGGCACACCCUCAAGGACCCAGAGGAGACCGACGAGAUCCUAAAGAACAUGAAAUAAGAAGCUCCCAAGGAUGAAAUAAGCAGACUUACAGCACAUCUAUAAAGCGUAUAAAAGUUUCCAAAGAAAACUGAAGUGUCAUUAUCAUCAUCAGCUAAAACUGAUCCUAGUUACCCGGAAUGACAAGCAACAAUCAGCGAAAUAUCGUAGUUAAAGCAAAUUGUUCAUCUAUGCAGUAAAAAAAAACCAAAACCCUAGAAGCGAUUACGAUAUACCUUAAGGUAUCUGAGUUAUACCUGACAUAUUAGUUGAACAACAAAUAGAAAUGAAAACUAUGCAACUCCUAAAAAUAAAGGGAAUUUUCGAAACUUGAAUCGCUGAACAGUUAUCCGUAAAGAGUUUAAUUGAUU